CCGCCAGCCCCGCCCCCCCGGCGCGCGCGCGUCCGGGACCGCAGGGAAGUGGGCGCCUGCGACGCGUGCAGCGUGGCCCGGCAAGUGGCUGACCGGGGCCGAGUGGGACUGAGCUGGACGGGCGGGGCGGCCCCAGCCGUCACAGGAAAUAAGGGAUCAUGGUGCUCAAUAGUUUGGAUAAGAUGAUUCACCUGCAGAAAAACACUGCUAACAUCAGGAACAUCUGCGUUUUGGCUCACGUUGACCAUGGAAAAACUACUCUGACUGACUGUCUUCUGUCUAGCAAUGGGGUCAUCUCCAGCCGCCUGGCGGGUAAGUUAAGGUACAUGGACAGCAGAGAAGAUGAACAGGUUCGAGGGAUCACUAUGAAAUCCAGUGCCAUUUCACUACAUUAUGCGAAAGAUAACGAGGAGUACCUGAUUAAUCUGAUAGACUCUCCAGGACAUGUGGACUUCUCCUCGGAAGUCUCCACAGCUGUCCGCAUUUGUGAUGGGUGCAUCAUCGUGGUUGAUGCCGUGGAAGGAGUCUGUCCACAGACACAAGCCGUUCUGCGACAAGCCUGGCUUGAAAACAUCCGUCCAGUUUUGGUGAUCAAUAAGAUAGAUCGCUUGAUAGUGGAACUGAAAUUCACCCCGCAGGAAGCCUAUUCUCACCUCAAGAAUAUUUUAGAGCAGAUUAAUGCACUCACAGGAACUCUUUUUACUUCCAAAGUCCUAGAAGAAAGAGCAGAGAGAGAGACUGAAUCCCAAGUGAAUCCAAAUACUGACCCAGGAGAGCAAGUGUAUGACUGGAGCACUGGCUUGGAGGACACGGAUGAUUCUCACCUCUACUUCUCUCCGGAUCAGGGCAAUGUGGUGUUUACGAGUGCAAUAGAUGGGUGGGGCUUUGGAGUUGAGCACUUUGCCAAAAUCUACAGUCAAAAAAUUGGCAUCAAAAAGGAAGUUCUUUUGAAAACCUUGUGGGGAGAUUAUUACAUCAGUAUGAAGGCCAAGAAGAUCAUGAAGGUGGAUCAGGCAAAAGGAAGGAAACCUUUAUUUGUGCAGCUGAUCCUGGAGAAUAUAUGGAGUUUGUAUGAUGCUGUUUUGAAAAAGGACAGAGAAAAAAUUGAUAAAAUAGUGACUUCCUUAGGAUUGAAAAUUGGAGCCCGGGAGGCACGACAUUCAGACCCUAAAGUUCAGAUCAAUGCCAUCUGUAGCCAGUGGCUGCCCAUCUCCCAUGCUGUACUGGCGAUGGUGUGUCAGAAGCUUCCCAGCCCCCUGGAUAUGACAGCCGAGAGGGUGGAGAGACUGAUGUGCACAGGAUCGCAGACGUUUGACUCUCUUCCGCCCGAAACCCAGGCCCUGAAAGCAGCUUUCAUGAAAUGUGGAAGCGAGGACACUGCUCCAGUUAUUAUCUUUGUUUCCAAAAUGUUCGCCGUCGAUGCCAAGGCCCUGCCCCAGAAUAAGCCCAGACCUCUCACUCAGGAAGAAAUUGCUCAGAGGCGAGAGCGUGCAAGACAGAGGCAUGCGGAGAAGCGCGCAGCAACGCAGGGGCAGGCACGCACGGAACCCCCCCAGGACGGGAGUGCCCUUGACACAAGCCCAAAGGGAGAAGAGCCCAAAGGUGAUGAGCAUCAGGUGGAGAGUAUGACCCUUAAAUCUGUGCCCCAGGAAGGAAACAACCAAGAGUCUUUUAUUGCAUUUGCUCGCGUGUUCAGUGGUGUGGCUCGAAGAGGAAAGAAAAUUUUUGUCCUGGGGCCCAAAUACAGUCCUGUUGAGUUUUUGCGGCGGGUGCCAUUAGGCUUCUCCGCUCCACUCGAUGACCUUCCCCCGGUCCCCCACAUGGCGUGCUGCACCCUAGAAAACCUGUAUCUUCUGAUGGGCAGGGAGCUGGAAGGCCUAGAGGAGGUACCUCCAGGAAAUGUGCUAGGUAUAGGGGGCCUUCAAGACUUCGUGCUCAAGUCGGCGACCCUGUGUAGCAUGCCAUCUUGCCCGCCAUUUAUACCGCUCAACUUCGAGGCUACCCCUAUUGUGAGGGUUGCUGUUGAACCGAAACACCCAAGUGAAAUGCCUCAGCUCGUCAAAGGAAUGAAGCUGUUAAACCAGGCUGACCCCUGUGUCCAGAUUUUAAUUCAAGAAACGGGAGAGCACGUUUUAGUCACGGCGGGGGAGGUCCACCUUCAGCGAUGCCUGGAUGACUUGAAAGACAGGUUUGCAAAGAUUCAAAUCAGUGUUUCUGAACCCAUUAUUCCAUUCAGAGAAACAAUCACAAAACCCCCAAAAGUCGACAUGGUCAAUGAAGAAAUAGGCAAACAACAAAAAGUUGCAGUUAUCCACCAAACAAAAGAAGAUCAGAGCAAAAUCCCUGAAGGAAUCCAAGUUGACUCUGAUGGGCUCAUCACCAUAACAACCCCCAAUAAGCUUGCCACACUCAGUGUUCGAGCCUUGCCCCUUCCGGAAGAAGUCACACAGAUUCUGGAAGAAAACAGUGAUUUGAUUCGUUCUAUGGAGCAGUUGACAUCCUCUUUGAAUGAGGACAGACAUACUCAGAUGAUCCACCAGAAGACCCAAGAGAAAAUUUACGAAUUCAAAGGAAAACUAGAGCAAUACCUAACAGGGAGAAAAUGGAGGAACACUGUUGACCAAAUCUGGUCAUUUGGCCCAAGAAAAUGCGGGCCCAACAUAUUAGUUAAUAAAAGCGAAGACUUUCAGGACUCAGUAUGGACAGGCCCAGCCAUCAAAGCUUCAAAAGAGGCCAGUAGAUACCGAGAUUUGGGCAACAGCAUCGUGAGUGGUUUCCAGCUAGCAACCCUCUCUGGCCCCAUGUGUGAGGAACCUCUCAUGGGUGUCUGUUUUGUUCUGGAAAAAUGGGACCUAAGUAAAUUUGAGGAACAAGGGGCAAGUGAUAAACACAGUGAAGAGCAAAGGGAUGUGGUGCAGGACGAACAAGGGGAAGAGGAAGCUUGUUCCGGUGGAGGCGAAAACCCGGGGUUCCAAGACGGCAGCUCUGAGCCCUUGGAGAAGAAGACUUCCCAGAAAGGGGAGGCUUCGCUCACUGACUGCUACGGACCCUUCUCAGGACAGCUCAUCGCCACCAUGAAGGAGGCGUGUCGCUACGCCCUGCAGGUGAAACCUCAGCGUCUGAUGGCAGCCAUGUACACGUGUGACAUCAUGACCACCAGUGAUGUUCUUGAGUCUGUCCUGCUUACCGGUUGAAAGACUUGUGCCCCGAGGUGCUCCUACAGGAGCCCCGGGGAAGACCUCUCCCUUCUGAGCAUCAGGCAGCCUUGGGCCGAAGGACGGAAUACAAGUAUUAGCCAAGAGGAUUUGCUGGUGUUCCUGUGAUGUGGCGGGAGACAUUGUUAACAGACGUUAAAGAUGCCAAAGACCAUCUGUUUUCAGGGAAAUAAAAUACUUCUGCCACUUACAUAUUAGCAGUUUUUAAAAACAUGAGCAUGCAUUUCUAUGUGUGUGGUUUUCAUUUUUGAAAUAAAAAUGUCACUGUGCCAGUUGCUUGCUUCCUAGGCCCAGGUAGCCUUACACUAUCACCAUCGUAUUAAUAACGUCUCAUAGUUAUUAAGAUAUUUUAAUAUUUACAAAGCCCAGUCACACUCAUCUCACUGGAUUUCAUGCCCAGAGACUGCUCAUGGGCGACAUUGUAUCAGAAGGUUCUUUGCAAAGUCUCCCCCUUCUCAUGCCGUGUUGGGGGGAUCGCCCUUUGGGUCAUGCCGCUUGGGCUGGUUUCACUUUUUGUUACCUUUAUAUCUCUAACUUUUUAUAGUUGUACUUUUAAAUACUUAAAAAAAAAGUGUUCAUGCUUUUGUAAACACAGCUGGUUGGUAACAAAGUUACUCACUAGUAGAUUGUUCCGGGGGCGUGAGUAAUCAGGUCUUUGUGUGGCUCUAGACAUGUAGCAG